UGAUUGGUGAUAUCGGCUUAUCGUAAAGGUCUACACCGGAGUGCUCAUUAUCGUCUGUGUCCGUAUGGUGUCCAGCACCGUAGUCUUCCUUUCUUGUGUCUAUUGACAUCGCUGUCAAGCGUUGAGGUACAACCUUCAAUAGGAACAGUCAGAGCCCUAAUCUAGAAGUGUGAUGAAGAUAGUAGAAUUUUUAAUAGGAUGGCUUACCAGCGUUUUUAUAGAGAGAACCGCUAGUGAUUAUUCACAUCCUAUUAUAGUAUACGCAGGAUUAGGGGACUCAGUUUUGGGUGACAAUAUGAAGGAUUUUAUGGCUAUGCUCGCGGAGAGGUACAAGACAGAUGUCUAUGGUAUAAAUAUAGCAGAUUCUGACCAGGAAGAUAGGAAACUAAGCGGUCUUUCAGACGCAAAUUAUAACGUAGGAGUAGCAUGUGAGAAGUUGCAGGAUCUAUCCUACCUUGGUAACGUCAACGCGGUUGGUUUUUCGCAAGGUGGUCUCUUUCUACGCGCUAUAAUCGAGCAAUGUAGCAAUAUACCACAAUUCAAGAAUCUUGUUACAUUCGGUACACCACAUUUAGGAAUCGAGAAACUUCCUACUUGUAAACCACGCGAUUGGGUUUGUUUGGCCGUAUCAUUAGUCACGAAAUGGGGUGUAUAUACCGAUUAUGCUCAAUCGCAUGCCGUCGUCGCACAAUACUACAGAGAUCCAGUUAGAUACGCGACAUACCUCGACAAAUCAACCUGGUUAGCGGAUUUAAAUAACGAGCGUAUCCUUUUAGGUGAGGAAUACGACGCCACUUAUGGUGAUAAUCUUGCAUCUUUGGAUGGUCUCACAGCAGUCAUGUUUAACAAAGAUACUGUCGUCAAUCCAAAGGAAUCAGCUUGGUUUGGCUCCUCGCCUGUCUCAUCGCACUAUCAAACUAGCGAGAAUCCGAUAAUACCACUUGAAGAGCAACCGAUCUUUUUGCAUCCAAAAGAUCCCCUCGGACUGAGAAGAUUGGCUGAAUCUCAGAAGCUGCAUUUUAGAUCUUGCGAUGGAGACCAUUUAAACCUCAAAGACGACUGUUUGUGGCCAAUUUUAGAUGAAGCGUUUAAAUAAUAUGAAUAAUGUAUUAUACAAUAUGUAGAAUAAGACAACAAUAACUUUUGGUACACGAAAUGAUUAUGCUAGUGAGAAUGCAAGUAUUAUCUAAUUAGUUUUUUGAUAUUAAAUGAUGAGCUCUCCGAGUGUUUCAUAUCCCUUACUACACCCGUAGUGUUUAUGGAGCCCGCGACAAAAUUGGUGUCUACGUUAAGUGAAGGGAAUGCCUUCCAGAAUCUGAUGGUUUCAUCGCCAGAGCCAGUGACGAUUGUUUGUCCAUCAGGAGAUGCAGCGAGGUAGAGCACACGAUAAGUGUGUCCCGUUAGAGUCGCAACUUGAGACAUUGAUGGAUAUUUCCAAAUUGAGAUGUGAUUCUGGUAGGCAUUACCAGAGUAACCAUGCGUCGACACCAAUUCUUGCGUGUUUUUAGAGAACCAUAAUCUACAGACCUGACUGCCUGUAUCCCAGUCACCUAUACUAUGUCUAUCGCCUUUGAGUGUAUCCCAAAACAAAAUUCUUCUGUCAGAGGUACCGCCCCCAGAUGCUAAUAUACCCCUAUGAUGAGGAUUCCAACUGAUAGCUUUCACCGCAGCUUCAUGCUCUGUGUAUCUAUGUAUGUAAUUAUAGGAUUUCGUAUCCCAAACGUAAAGUUUAUUGUCAUUACCACCUGUUGCGAGCAUAUCACCUGCUGGAUUAUAGGCCAAACCUGUGAUUUCUUGUUUAUGACCAAUAACUCUCCUCACAUAGUGGUCUUUCAAUCUAACAUCACGAAUGAGAACGCUUUUGUCUCUUGAUCCAGACGCUAGCAUGUGGUUUGACCAUGAGAGUGUACCUGUACGAUUGUGAUGUCCACUCAUAACACGGAGAAGUUUACCUGAAGGAACAUCCCAAAUUUGUACAGCGCCAGUUCGCAAACCAAUUGCGAGUUGUGAGCCCUUAUUAGUCCAAUUCAGACUAGAAACCGAUUCUUCAGGAUCAGCAUGCUCUAACUCGCGAACAUUGCAGAGAGUCAUAACUUGUCCAGUCUCUGCCAUCCAUAUGUAAACUGUUGAAGCUAAGGCGACAGCAAGGAUGUUGGUUGAUGACCAAUCAAGCAAAUUAAGAUAGUAGUCAUCAGCCAAUUCCGGAGCAUCGAGUACUUUGUAUGGCAAUUUUGAUAUUUUGCGAAGGUUCUUCCUUGGACUCAUUAGCAACCUCUGUGAUACAGAUUUAACAGGUGAAAUUGAAUAUUUUUCAUGUGCCGCACUAUCCAAACCGACGCGGUCUGAUGCAGAACUCAUUCCAGAUAGCGAAGAACCGGAUGAAGGCAUAUACUGGAAUACUUUCGAGCGCGGCGUCAUUGGAGUGGAAGGAGUAGAAGGUGCAUAUUGAUAAUGUGAGGUACUCGAAAAUGAUUGGCGUCUCGAUGAAGAAGUGGGAGAAUUGAGGUUAUCGUCACCCAGUAAUUCAUUCGAUAGUAAGCUGCUAAAUGUUUUAUUGCUCUCCUCUUUUACAGCAUCAACUUCACCACCAGCAAGACCGAUAAGCUUUGGUUCACGUGUACCAUUAUCCAACAACGAUGGCAGUCUCUUCUUACUCGAUGGCGUCGUUGGUGAGGGUGGACCGUCAUUGAGUGUGUAGUUCUGGCGACUGACGCUACUCCUCGCUGGAAUGAACCUAUCGCCAAAACCUGAAGAUCUCUUCCGAGGCGUUGAUGGAGAGUCCUCCUGCGUCAUUUUUAUUUUUUGUGAUGGAAGUGAGGGU